GCCAGGCGGAGUGGACGAGUGUGUGGAUUAAUUAUAAAAAUGUCCGAAACCGGAAGUUGUGAAGACUCGGCCAUGGAUGAUCGUACUAUUGGCAAGGCGGCUCGUGAUACUCUGGUCCCGUGUGAAUGUGGUGCAAGGGAGGGCGCUCACGACUCGCGUUCACCAAGGCUGCUACCGCCAAUAUUCUCAGAUUCUGCAGGACAGCUGUCGCUGUUUUUAACAAAGUCGCCCUCAUCUACUUGGUCCGAUUAUCACAAAGAGUGUCUCAAGAAAUUAUACGCAAAAGAUUUGAAUUUAGGAAUAUGUGACAUAAAAUAUCCAAGAAUAGGAAGUCAAAGUAAAAUGCAGGACGAAGAUAAAAUGACGACGUAUUUGAAUCAUCACAAGGAGUUUUUGCAAUCUUAUGUCCUGGAAAACAUACCUGUUAGCGAGUUACAGAAAUGGUUGGUGAUGAAAAUGUCAAGAGAACCGGUUUUAAGUGAAGAAAAACAUAAUCAUCAACGAACUAAUAGAAAUCAUCCCAAAUAUGAGAUUAAGGAUUUGAUUGAAAAAUUAGGCGAAAAUACCUGCGAGCUAGCUAUAUCUUGGGAAAUAGCAAAGAAUAUUAGUUCAUCGAUUGGCUAUGACGCUUAUAGAGUAUUCAAAAUAUUUCCUGAUCAUCCAAAUUAUGUACAGUACUUUGUGACGGAAACAAAAGAAGAUUUAGAAUUGCCUCCUCGGAUGGAAAGAGCAAAUCCAGAUGAUGUAACAUUAGUGCUAGAAGUAGCAGAAGCCGCGUCGACCAUGAGAUUAAGAAGAGAUAAUUCUUCUUGUUUUCCUGACUUACCUCACUCUUUACUCAAAAUAUUUGGUAAGGACGAUUCGGCUCGAGUAAGUUAUAUUAUGUAUCAUCCCAUACUAACAGUUAAUGGAAAAACUGCCUACGUUAUAGAAAUGUGGAGGGUGAAUGAAGAAUUUAGUGAUGAUAAUGAAGAAACGAGUUGUAAUUUAACUAUCUGGAGCAGUUUAGUGCUCCAUUACUGUAAGUUGUAUCUAGACAAAACAAAAGAACGUAGCAUGACGGACUUUCUGCUAGACGUCGUAAAAGCAAUAUUUGAAGAAAUGGUAUCACUGGACCAACUUAUUAAACGAAUACUCGAAUUUGCUCAGAAGCUCGUUAAUGCAGAUCGUUCGUCAUUAUUUUUAGUAGAUUAUAGGAAUUUUGAGUUAGUUUCCACGGUUUUUGAUCUCAAAUUUGAGCCGGGGCAUGGGCGAGACAUGGAGAAGAAAGAAAUAAGAAUGCCUAUAAAUCGAGGGAUUGCAGGCCAUGUAGCACUUUCUGGCGAAACUAUGAAUAUUCCUGAUGCAUAUUCAGAUUACAGGUUUAACAGAGAAGUAGACGAGGCUACGGGCUAUAAAACUAUAAGUAUUCUAUGUAUGCCUGUAAAAGUACAAGGAAAAGUUAUUGGUGUGGUGCAAAUGGUGAACAAGCGCAAUAAUGACAAUUUUGAUCAUGAAGAUGAAGUAGCAUUUGAAAUAUUCUCAACAUUUUUUGGCCUGGCCCUUCAUCACGCUAGGCUGUACGAUAAAAUAAUGCGAAAGGAGCAAAAAUACAGAGUCGCUUUAGAAGUGCUAAGCUACCAUAACACCUGUCGGGAACACGAAGUAGAAGAGAUCUUAAAAGAUAACAAAUACAUAGGUCACAUCAACGAUUUCUAUUUAGAUCCAUAUAAGUUGGAUGAUUUUCAAAAAUGCAAAGCUGUCAUAACAAUGUUUGAUGACCUCUUUGAUUUGUCACGAUUCAACGUUUUGUUGCUGACAAGAUUCGUACUUACAGUUAGGAAGAACUAUAGAGUGGUGCCAUAUCAUAAUUUUGACCACGGAUGGAGUGUAGCUCAGGCUAUGUAUGCUAUAAUUAAACACGAUACAAAGAAAAGAUUUGACUAUAAAAUGCGGUUAGCAUUGUUUGUGGCAUGUUUAUGUCAUGAUCUUGACCAUAGAGGCUACACGAAUAAAUAUUUGAACGAGAUCGCCUCGCCACUAGCUGCUAUGUACACAACAUCACCACUGGAGCAUCAUCAUUUUAAUAUUACUGUAACUAUACUCCAACAGGAUGGUCACAAUAUUUUUUCACAUCUAUCGAGCGAGGAUUACAAGGACAUUUUAAGCUACAUUCGACAUUGUAUACUGGCAACUGAUUUAGCUGCAUUCUUCCCUAAUCUAGUGAAAUUAAAAGACAUGUUUAAAAAUGAUAAUCGGCGUAAUAAGUUUAAUUGGUUGAAUCCCAAUCACAGAGAUUUGGCCAUGGCUAUAUCGAUGACUUCAGCUGACUUGUCUGCCGCUGCUAAGCCUUGGGAUAUCCAAAUAAAAACAGUGAAAGUUAUUUUUGAGGAAUUCUACGACCAAGGCGAUAAAGAAAGAGCUGUUGGGAAAACUCCGAUUCCAAUGAUGGACAGAAGUAAACCUGAAGAACAACCUGCAAGCCAGGUUGGAUUUUUAAGUCAAAUUUGUAUACCAUGUUAUAAAAUGUUAUGCAAGAUAAUUCCUAAAACCAAACCUAUGUACGAAAUGGUAUUAAAAAAUCUUAAUAUCUGGAAAUCCAAAGCAAUAUUGCCCCUGGAAAAUGAGGAAAUGGAAUCUGUAAGUGAUAAUAUUUCUGAUGUUGCAACGGAAUCUGAUGAAGAGGAUUCGGCGGGUGAAUCAUCGCCAAAAUAUAAAACAGAUGUAGCAAAUAAUAAUGAAAGAGCAUUUACUCAAGUUAAUGUUUGUGACAAGGAUGAUGAAGCCCUUUCAAAAAUAACCAGUGAGAUGGAAUCGAAUUGGAAAUGCAUUAAGUCAGAUUCUGUAUCCUGGGAAGACGAUCAAGGCUUUGACUACAAUACGGUUAGAAAAACUAACAACGUUUGGAGAGAUAUAGGUAAUACUUGGGUAGACGACGAAGGUGUCGUUUUGAGAUCCAACAAAGCUUUAAAAAUAAUGAGUGCAGAUGCAGAAACUAGUGACACGUCCAAAAUUUAAUGUAUAAAUGAGAAUUACAUAAAAAUGAUCUUCAAAUAUACUUAAUAAAGUGGUAACAGAGUAAA